UGGCAGCACUGGCAACCGGUCAAAAUAUAAACAAUAGCUUUAAGUUCUGGACAAGAUCAUGACCUAUGUGAUUCUGGGCUCCGGUGGCCACACGGCUGAGAUGGGUCGCCUGACUAAGGCACUGCUGAAGCAGAAGGACCCUACCAAGGUGGCCUGCUACAUGCCGAUCCGCUUCAUCCUGGCCAGUAGCGAUUCCACAUCGGAGGAGUAUCUGCGGCAGCUAUUGCCGAAAGUAGCCGCCAAGGCGGAGUUCAUCAAAGUACCGCGCAGCCGCAGCGUGGGCCAGUCCUGGCUAACCAGCAUCUUCACCACUCUGUGGGCUCUGCUCUGGAGCUGCUACUUGGUGUGGCGGGAUCGUCCGCAGCUGAUCCUCUGCAACGGACCCGGCACCUGUGUCCCCUUCUGCUAUGCUGCUCACCUGUUGCGCACCCUCGGCCGCCUCCCCUCCAACUCUAGAAUCAUAUUUGUGGAGAGUUUCUGUCGCGUGGAAUCGCUAUCCCUGAGUGGCCGCCUCCUCCUGCCGCUGGCGGAUCUCUUUGUGGUCCACUGGCCGAUGUUGGCCCAACGAUAUAAGCACAAGAGCAACCUGCGCUACUUUGGCCGUAUCUUGUAAUUGAAUAAACGCAU